UGGUGCCCAUAUUGCGCAAACAGAGUUUCCCAUACUAUUGAAGAUGCUAGACAAAUUGCAAUUAGUCGAAAUGGAAAAUGUCUUUCAACAGAAUAUAUUAAUAGUUAUUCAUAUUUAUUCUGGUAUUGCUCUAAAGGAUAUGAAUUUCUUGCAAGUUUGCAUCAUAUCAAAAUUAGUAACUCUUGGUGCUCAAAAUGUGCAAAAAAACGUGAGAAUUUAUGUCGCAAAAUCAUAACAAAAUAUCUUGAUUCACCUUCGCCAAUUCAUAAACCUGAUUUCUUAAAAACUCCAGAAUACCCAACUGGACUAGAACUUGAUAUUCUAUACUAUGAUUAUGGCUUUGCGAUUGAAGUGCAAAGCAUACAACAUGAACGUCAAAUCAAAUUCUUUCAUCCAAAUUUUGAAGAUUUCGAGAAACAGCAAACUCAGGAUCAACUCAAGGAAGAACUCUGUGAAGAAAAUUGGAUAGCAUUAAGAUAUGUUUGGUAUUAUGAAGACCUAUUCGAGAAAAUUCUAGUUAUCCUUCGAGAACUAGGUCUUAUUUCUUAA